GGAAGAGGGAAAACCGCACCCAUGUUCAGCGCAUCCCGAAUAACGAAUGGACAAUACAUUCGGCCAUCAACCACUGGGUCUCUCGCGAACUCCCGAAAGAAAAGCUGAUCUUGGGCGUCAACUUGCGUCCUAUGAGAUAUACACUCGAUGCUAGCAUCAAUACACUACCAGAAAUUCUGGAUCCAUCCGAAAGCUGCAAAAAGAGCUCUGCCCGGGCUGUGGACGGUACCUACGGUCCUGGCUACUCGCUGGCCCAUACAGGAUCUGGGACAGAAGGCCAAUGUCAUCGUCGUGGAGGACAACAUAAGCCUUAAAGACAAGGUGCGCCUGGUGGCCGCGCAAGACUUGGGUGGUAUCCUCUUGGCAGGUCUAAGCGACGAUGAUUUUUCAGGCAAAAUGUGCGGGUUAGGACAGAAUCCCCUGCUGAAAACCGUGAUUGGAACGUGCGGAGAGAGCACAGGUGGUGUUCCCACCGGCACCAUGCUCCUCUUCUCCGGACUGAGCCGCCGUCUCAGAUCCACCCACCAGUCGAUGCAUCGAAGCCACGAAGGCUGCAACGUGCUGUUCUGCUUCUACAGCAACGAAUUCGGCAAGACGUCCCAGAUGACGAAGCUGGACGUGAAAGAUAUCGACCCCACGUACUGCACGCAUCUGGGCUACCGCAGUUUCCUCCUCACCAACGACACAGACGACGGCGAGGCGCUAGUCAUCAAGCCGUCUGACGACAAAGCGUGGCAGGACGUGAAUGAUCUGGUCAGCUUCCGGGAACAGUUCCCAGACCUAAAGGUGAUGCUCAGCAUUUGGGACCCCACGUGGGACGCCGUUCACUUCACGCGCAUGGCCGAGAAUGUAUCGGUCAUCAGGAAAGUAGCGUGGGACGCCAUCAACAUCGUCCAGCAGCACAAGCUAGAUGGCAUAGACCUAGACUGGACCUUUCCCUUAGACAACAGCAUAGAAAGGUUCCCUGUCAUGCUGGAGGUAUUUCGGGACGCCUUCGAUACAUACGCGAAAACCACUGGACGUCCGCGCCCUAAGCUGUCCGCUAGCGUGUACUCCUUCGCCCUAGAUUACUAUCAAGAUCAACUGGAGCGUGUCAGCAAAGCCGUGGACAUCUUGCGCUUUGAUACCAGUGACCUGGUCUUUCACUACCAGCUUAAGAAGGUCUCCGAGCAGCAGAACAACACGUUGAUCGACAUUGACCCCGCCAUCCAGCUGCUGCUUCGAGAGAAUGUUGACCCCCGAAAGGUUGUUAUAGCGCUUCCGUUGUUCGCCAAGGUCAUGAAGGUCAGAAAGAUUUCUUCAGGACCGGACGGAGACACACUGGAGGUGAUCAGACAACUGGCAAUGCCGGAGUCCAACUUAACAGGCAAGGCCGUGUACCCGGAAGUCUGCAAACUGCGGAUGGGAAAGGAAGAUAGGGGCGAGCUCUUUCUCCCGAAGCGCACUGGCCAGUUCCUGCUUACCGGCCUGAAUAAUGACACGCUGAUCAGCUUCGAUGACGAAACUUCAUUACGGAUGAAGAUCAAGCUGCUGCGGCAAUACAAACUAGGAGGGGGCUUUAUCAAGAACCUGGUCGCCGACGAUUUUAGUGGCAAGUAUUGCAAGAGAGGCGCCUUCCCUUUGCUGACUGCCAUCGGCCAUGAGUGCACAGAAGUAAACAAGCCAGACCUGCGCAACUCACCCAAGCGAUUCAAGAACCGUAAUCUGGCCGCGGUGCCCUCCCGUGGUUGCGAGCUGCUGGUCUGCUAUUACGAACACAAGGCCACGCAGCGGCAUGGCAAGGGCAAGGCGCUGCCAAGCGACGUUGACCCAAACAAGUGCACUCACUUCAUUUUCAACUCAGCGAUCCUGUCCAGCACUUCGAUCGUCGUGGAACUGGCCAGCGACCUGGGCGACGAAGGACUGUAUCAGAAGGUCAUCGGACUCAAAACGGCCAACCCAGCAUUGAAGAUCUUGCUGUCUCUCCACGGUUCCUACCUAACUACAGAACACAAUUUCCGCAGCAUCGCCCAGUCUCCCGACAGACUGCGGGAGCUAGCCGAAAACUGCGCUGUGUAUUUGCGCACGCACAAGUUUGACGGCGUGGAGAUCGUAUGGAUGUACGAGAAUCCAAAGCACAUGCUGAGCAACGAUAAGACGCUGUAUACGUCCUUGAUGGAGACAUUCGCUGCUACCUUUAUCAACGAGUCUGAAAAGACAGGCUCAUUCAAACUCCUCCUAACGGCUCGCGUGUCAGGCAACCGUAAGAUGAUCGACAUUAUGUACGACGUCCCCAGGGUGGUGGACGCCGUCGACUUCCUGCUGGUGGACACUUAUUCAUGGUACACGUGGUACACUAACACCCUUCACUACAGCCCUAUCUUUCCGCCAGACGGUUGGCGCGACAUGAAAUCGCGGGAGGAGAACGUGGCUUUCGCCAUCAACCACUGGCUAAACCUUGGCGCACCCAGCGAGAAGCUGGUGCUAGGCAUCGGGUUGUAUGGUCACUCCUUCACACUUGUGGACCGGAAGUUCUGGAAUGUCGGCGACGACUCGUCGGAGGCGGGUCUAAAGGGCGAAUACACCAAGACCUUCGGCACGAUGACUUACUACGAGGUGUGUCAGCUGCGCAGUCAGGGCGGCGAGGAACACUUCCUACAGGACCAGCUUGUGCCCUUCCUGGUCCACGAGGACCAGUGGAUUGGCUUCGAGAAUGAGAAAAGCGUACGCCAAAAGGUCCGCUUCUCCAAGUUGUACAAUCUUGGUGGGGUGUCUCUAUUUUCAGUCGACGCCGACGACUUCGCCGGGGGUUUCUGCAGUCCAAGCCCCUUCCCACUGCUGACGGCAGUGAGGGCUGAGUGCAGCGUCGUGGGGUCAGAGGCCACCAGGCUGAAGCAUGUACGAAGCGCGCCUAUAAACGACUUGGCCAAAACGAAGUUCAGGCGGCUUUGCUACAUCGACACGACGUCGCUGACGCGGGACAAACCCGCUACCUUCGACGUGGCCUACAUCCCGCCUGGGAUAUGCACACAUCUCAUCCUGCUGUCCCUGACCCUUGACCAGGCAGGCUCAAUCAAUUCGCUGACAGUGCCCGUCCUCAACGCCUUCCGUGCCAUGAAACUGCUGAAGGAUAAGAACGGGACAGCCUUCUUUAUGUUUUCCAUAUCCAACUCCAGCAACACGCUCCUUGAGCUAACUGACAAACCUCCCAUGAUGACCAGCUUUCUCCGGUCUCUGCCGAUCGUGCUGCGCUCGCAACAGGCCGACGGAGUGGACUUUUUCCUUCCUGAGCUGCGCUCGCAGGAUGUUCAAAAGCUGAUGAACUGCUAAAGAACGUGAGGAAUGUCCUGGAUUCUCUGAACUGGUGGAAAAACCUUACCAUGUCCCUCACGUUAAAUUCCUAUCCCUUACAAAAUGUCGACUACAAGAACUUAACCAACAUGGUGGACUUUAUCACCGUUUUCACCACCCCAGAGAGCAACUGGAGCUCACUCCACCACAUCUUUCUGAUAGAGGAUUUCCAAAAGAUCGUCAAUGAUUACAUUAGCAAGGGAGUCCCGAAGGACAAACUUAUCACAAGCAUAUCCCUUUACGGUUAUGUCUUCUACAUACAAAACAAAAGUCAACACUCGGCGGGAGCCCCCUCGUUUAUCGGACCAAAGGGACCGAUGACGGGGAGGAAGGGCAUCUGGGCCUACUACGAGGUGUGUAACAAGAUGCACAAGCCGGGGGUAUCGCAGAGUGGGUACCAACAGAGGAACUUUAUACCCCGCACCACCCCUUCCUUCUUCGACGGGCGAGUGUGGAUCUCCUACGACAGCCUCAAUCGAAUUCAGGACAAAGUUAUGUGGCUGAAGAUGCAGGAUGUGGGAGGCUAUGCACUGAACACGGUUGACGCCGAUGUCUUCAUGGAUGCGCUAUGCGACUUCAACAUCUACAAUUUCCCCUUAGCUGAAGGUGCAUAUCUGGCCUCCCUCAAUUUGAAGCAGUUCCAAAGUCUGGUUUCCUCGGCUACAACGCAGGUGCCCAUUCUCACACCGGAUCCGUUGACCGGUUUCCCGACCAUGAGGGUCGUCGUCUUUUGGUUACUGGCGGUGGGGGUCUGGCACCUGGUGGUCAACCGUCUGACAUCUGACCUCUGAACGUUCGUCACAGCCUGCAACCGUUGUCCUCGACAAUAGUCAUCAGCAGAAUUAAAUUUUUUUUUAAGUCUUGGUCUCGCCGACUUUUUCUCUCAUGGUGGAUAAAUUUUUCAUAGCUUUUAAAUAUAUUUUUUAGUAUUUUGUUGGCACCAUUCAGUUGAUUUACAUAUAAUUUCUUCCCUCCUUACUGGCAUCCAAACGCUACUGUUACAACACUAAGGUCAUUCUUAAGCAAACAGAUAUGGACGAAUGUUUGACGAAGUUUUUAUAGAAGCGUAGUUUUAGACCUUUGCCGGACUUUGUCGAACGUCGCUCAUAUUUGUCCGGUUAAUAAUGGCCUGCAGUGAUGUCAUCUCGUUGAACUCCCUGCCCUUACUCCCUUCAUAAUAUCUGUUCCUCUGGUUGUGGGCGCUCCAUUCUUUCCCGUUUAGUACAGGAGUACUUUGCCAAUGAAAUACAUGUUUUUAAUCAGUAUUGUACUUGUUAAAAAGAUGAUUGACCUAACAUUGUAUGUCUGUUACAAUGAGUCUACUUGUUGCGCAUUUAGAGGGCACAUGCAUAUACUCUAAAGGAAAUAUUGGAUGAUUGACCGUGGUCGCUUAAUACCCUUCUUUUGUAUGUAUGUGUGCACGCGUCGGGAGUGAUGCUUUUAAAAAAAGGAGGACUUUAUUACACCUCUAUGUUCUCAAUGCCAUUAGGAAGAAGAAAAUACCUGUAUAAUGAAUUUAAUAAAGUCUUAAGAAUUCGAA